UCAAAUAUAGUAGGAAAAGACCACCUCAUGCUAAACACUUGGCUGAACACCACAUUUUCUUAAUCCUUAAGGAAGAGUCACGUCUCCAGCAUCUUGAAGACUUUAUAUACACCUCAUAACAACAUGUUUAGUCUUACAAAUUAUGCCCAAUUGACCACCGAUUGAAAGAGAAAGCAUAAAGGAAAAGAGAGAAGCAGAAACAAGGAGCUGAAAUUGAAUUUCUGGAUAGGUGAUUUUCCGACGUUGAGUGAAAAAGGAAAGUGAUAUAAUCUCCGUAGGAGCUUGUGCACACACAAGGGCAAAAAGUUCUUGCGUUGUAGGUGAGCAUGGAACUAUGUAGAGGGCACGGCCAACUGUGGAGCUCUUAUGGGAUUGCAAAGAUAAAUGUACAUGGAUGACGACCUGUAGGGUUAUUUUGUGGGCUAUUGUUUUGAGCUUACACUCUAUUGUGUCGUAUUUCGGGGGUCCUAUCUUGUAUAACUUUUGAAAUGGCCUAUAGAUGUGUUUAUAACCUUAGAACAUACGUGUUGGAUUAUGGUUAUGAUCAUUGAUUUUGAUAUAAUAUAUGAUCAUCACAGGUGACUUGAAGUUAACAAAUAGGGACAUAAUUGUGCAAAUGCUCGUUUCAUUUUAUUUAAAAAAAAGUAUAUCUAAAUUUUAUGUCUAGAUCGAGUUACCAAUAUCAUUUCGACAUAGGAAUUAGUAUGGUUAUUUGUAUAUAUUUGGGGUGUGACAGAGAGUGGUAUCAGAGCAAGGUUAUAAUUCUGUAGACUGUCCAUGUACAUGAUCUCGGAGUACGAAAGAGCACAGCUAAGCCUAUAAGUUUUAUUUGUUGCAUUAUUUUUACAUACUUCAUGAAUGAUAUUGGCCAAUCUUUACUUACAGCCAUGGUGAGAACCAGAGAUGCUAGUUAUAGCAGAGCUAGAACUCCAGGGCAAGAGGCAUCUGUUCAAGAUGACAGUCGGGAUGUUGUUAUUGAUAGACUAACGGAACUAGUUGAGCGACAAUCUCAACAAAUUCAGCAAUUAAUACAACAAGAAGAAAGGGGAAAACAUCAAAGGGCUGAAUUCAUACAACCACAACAAUGGGCUGAACAUAUUGAGGAAGUUGGAGAAACAUUUAGAAAACUAAACCUUCCAAUAUUUGAGGAUGCAUUAGAUCCAACAGCUGCAGAGGAUUGGUCGAGAACUUUAGAGAAUAUUUUCAGGUAUAUGAGAGUUUCGGAAGUAGAAAAAGUAGUUUGUGCAUCCUUUAUGCUACGAGGUAGUGCUGGACAAUGGUGGGAUACGAUGAGUAGUAUUAAAGAUGUAAAUACCAUGACUUGGGAUAGAUUUAAAGAGUUAUUCCGUAAUAAAUAUUUUACAGCCCUAGUUCGAACCAUGAAGAUGAAUGAAUUUAUACAGCUAAGAUAAGGAAGGAUGACAGUGGGAGAGUAUAUUCGUAAAUUUGAACAACUAUCCACGUUUGCUACCCACAUGAUUAAUACUAAGGUACUGAAGGUAGAAAGAUUUCUUGAGGGGCUAUGAUCAUCACAAGUGAUUUGAA